UCCGCGUGACGUCGUCGGCCACGGCUGGGUCCAUGUAAAUGGCGACCAUGCAGUGAUAUGGAGGACGUCUCAUCAGCGCCGAAUCACACCGGUCAGUUGGGGCCGCCGGGGGGCCCCAUGGGCAUGAACGCUAAGAUGAACCAAGAGGAACCAGCGCAGAGGCCCCAGUACUCCAUACCCGGGAUAUUACACUUCAUACAGCACGAGUGGGCCCGCUUCGAAAUGGAGAGGGCCCAGUGGGACGUCGAGAGGGCCGAGUUCCAAGCGAGGAUAGCAUUUCUACAGGGUGAGCGCAAGGGUCAGGAGAACCUCAAGAACGACCUCAUCAGGCGGAUAAAGAUGCUCGAGUUUGCGCUCAAGCAGGAAAGGAUCAAGUCUCACAAGCUCAAGUACGACACGGAUCCAAACCCUGCCGAGUUGAAGGCGCCCGUCUUCGACGAUGUCAACAAAGAAGAGCCCAUGGAUGGCGAGCUGUUCAUCACGAGCAACAGCAAUGUGUCGUGGAGGCAAGGGCGCCAGCUUUUAAGACAGUACCUGCAGGAGAUUGGCUACACGGACACCAUCCUGGACGUGCGGUCGGCGCGGGUCCGGACACUGCUGGGGCUGGGACCCGCGACCAACGCCGGCUCCGGGAACGCGCCCGAGGACAAGGCCGCCCACCCGGCCGUCAACGGUGGCAGCGCCGGUGGAACGGCACCCGGGGAACCCAUCAAGCAACGUGCUUCGGACACGCAAAGGAGGGUACCGGGCAAGAAGAUAGUCAACGUGGCCGAGAAUGCGCUACUUGACACGGAAGCCUCAGUCUUGGCGACAUUCGACUUCCUGGCCACGGAAAACGUGGACAUAGAGGACGAUGAAGACAAUUUUAGUGACGAAAUGGAGGAUGCGGUGUCUGCAGACGACGAGGCAGAGGAACGAAUGGACAACAGGCGAAUAAAAUCAAAGGUUCUAGGAUCUGGGGACGAGCUAGGGGAGGCCGACACGGAAAAUGUGCUAACUGAGUUUGACUUCCUGGGGCCAGACUCUACAGAAGGCCGGGAAGGUGGCCGCAACCAGGGCGAUGGUUCCGAGUGGGACGGUUGUGCCGUGGACGACGACGAGGAGGAUGAGGAAGAAAUGGCGCAGCGGUGGGGUGCCGAUCCGCAGCUCAUUAACCAGCUGGUCGAGGAGUACCGGCGAGAGCGCCGAGGUCGCAAGGGCGUGACCGCACCCGCCUCGUCGCAGAGACCCAAGCGGUCUGCCUUGCAAGCAAUGCUGGCUUCACUGUCGACGCCCGGCACGGCUGCCGCCGCUUCCGCCGACGAGGGCGGGCCGGGGGGCAACCCCGCCUUUUCCUUCGCGACCAACCCACCGCCCCGCAUUCCGGCCUUUUCGGCCCCCUCGGCCCCGCCUCCUGCGGUGCCGUCCUCCUCGUCUCCCACCUCGGCCUCCCAGAACCCCUCCUCCACCUCCCCUUCGUCCGCGACCUUCGGUAUGGCGGCAUCGGGCGACGUCGUCCUCAACGGCCAGUUGGGUCGGCAGCCCAUCGCUUCGCGCCUCGCCAGUUACACCGCCUUUUUGGAAGAGGCCGACGAUGCCGGUCCACGGAGGCCACUGAUGGGGGCACCGGGCGUGGACGAGGACACCAUCGAUUCAACAUUGGGCCUGGGGGAGCUGGCGGGCCUUACAGUCAACAACGAGGCAGAGUCCAGUUACGACAUUUCAGCCACGAAGGAGUCGUUCAGGAAAACGUGGAAUGCCAAGUACACUCUCAGGAGCCAUUUUGACGGCGUACGUGCGUUGGCAUUCCAUCCUGUCGAGUCUGUGCUCAUUACGGCAUCGGAGGACCACACGUUGAAACUUUGGAACUUACAAAAGACGGUGCCCGCCAAAAACUUGCUCUCUCAUAGCGCAUCACUGCCUGCAAGAAGCACGACGGCAGCGCUAGACGUGGAACCAGUCUACACAUUCCGGGCGCAUUCGGGCCCCGUGCUGUGCCUGGUGAUGGGUGCGACGGGAGAGCAGUGCUUCAGUGGGGGCCUGGACCACACCAUCCGCUGCUGGAAUGUGCCCAGCUCGACCAUCGACCCCUACGAUUCCUUCGAGCCUGGCGUCCUGUCGGGCACCCUGUGGGGACACACGGACGCCGUGUGGGGCCUGUCCAUGCACGCGACCAAGCUGCAGCUCCUGUCUUGUUCGGGUGACGGCACGGUGCGACUCUGGUCUCCGCACAGCAAGGUGCCCCUGCUCCACACCUACACCGCCCCAGACCCAGCCGACGGCACCCCGACGUCUGUGGACUUUGUGCGGUCAGACUCCACCCAGAUGGCGGUGGCGUACACGACGUCUCGCUCUGUCAUCAUGGAUCUGGAGACGGGCAAGCAGGUGGUGCGGCUCGAAAGCGACCAGAAUCCAGAUGCGAGUGCCCUGAGCAAACAGAUCAACUGUGUGGUGAGCCAUCCGACCCUGCCCAUGACGGUGACGGCACACGAGGAUCGCCACAUUCGCUUCUUCGACAACAACACUGGCAAGAUGGUGCACUCCAUGGUUGCCCACUUGGAUGCAGUGACCAGCCUGGCCAUCGACCCCAACGGCCUCUACCUUCUCUCAGGAAGCCACGACUGCUCGAUCCGGCUGUGGAACCUGGACAACAAGACGUGCGUGCAAGAGAUCACCUCGCAUCGCAAGAAGUUCGACGAGUCCAUCUUCGACGUGGCCUUCCACCCGUCGAAGCCGUACAUUGCCAGCGCCGGAGCGGAUGCCCUCGCCAAGGUCUUCGUCUGAGGAGGAAACCGGCAGCAGCCGAGGUGUGUCGUACGAAGAAAGGAAGAACAAGAAGAGGAGCAGACCGAUCCUUCUCUCUCUCCGCACACCAUCUCUUGCACACACGCGUGCCUCUCCGCCCCUCGGUCCUGCCACCACGCAUACCGUGCUGGCGUUACGUCGCCCCCACGUCGUUGUCGGCGAGUGUCGGGCAAAGGAAGAGCUAGGGAGCUGGACACAUUGUCGGCCAUCAAGCCUUUGUGCACUCCUCACGAUGCGGGAAAGAGGGGGAGUGUGCCACCCUCGAUGCGUGUGCGUGCGUGUUUCAGCCGCCUAACCUAACUUAUUGAACCACCGCCACCGCCGGCUCCAAGGGAGGUUUCGGGAAGGGGGAAAGGAACAUUAAAGAACUCUCACUGCGUACUGUACAUUUCCUUUAUUUCCUUGUGUUUCCGCCUGAUCUUUCUUUUUUUAUUACUUUUCCGUGAGUGUCGUUCAUUGUCGUGUCCUGUCCCCCGACCGUCACCUCCCUUCGGCGCAUUUGUUGCGCAUCGCCGCAUCUCUCGGAGGACGGCGGGAGAGAGAAAGAGGGGGGGGGGGGGCGUUGUGCGCGCGUCACCGAGUCAACGACGGAGCCACAAUCAACGGCUGAAGGAAGAAGGGACGAAGGCUUUCGGCAGGGGGUUUGCGUCGCCCCGCCGCUGCGCCCCGUCUGCCCGAACACUACAGACUCUAAACCGUUCUUCUCACUCGUUUCUUUUCCCCACCUGUCUGCCCACACUCCGGUCUCUCGCGUGUGGAUAGCGAAUCCUAGGGAAACGUGUAUGUGCGGGAAAGAAAAUCUCAAACUCUGUUGUGCCGAGCUUUGUGAGGUGACCUUCCCGGGAAGUGGCCGCGCCGUCGCCGCCACCGUAACUAACGCUGCUAGUGCCGGAGUAGCUCUGUUCUGUGUGUUGUUGCUGGAGCGUUGAAACCAACAUGGCCUCUCUGUCGUCCCAGUGAAUGUUAAAGAAAAACUUCCGUGCAGACGGGCCGUAGUAAGAGCGAGGAAUCGCCCGUCUUGCCACCCUGUGUGCUGCCACACACUACACCUUUCUCUUUUUUUCUUCUGGUAUUUUUGAUGAGCGCAUGGUUGCAUAUGUGUGUAUUCUGUUACAAGCUCAGUUUCUUUUGCCCGGUUUCGUACUGUUUUUCCAGUGUGCAUGUGCAGUCAUCUGCAUGCAUGCGUGUGAGUGUUCGCCAGUCCUUUCAUCAGUUCCUCGUGCGGUUCCUCGACGGGCUUGCGCACAGUCCUUUAGCCUUUGGAACCACGAAUGAAAAGGCGAGGAGGUUCGGUAGUUGGCCGCAGCUAGUUUUCAACAAAAAAAGUUGCCAGUGUUGCCCCCUUUCCUUCAAGCGCAAAACCGUUUUCGUCCGGACGGAAACUUUCCACGGCAACAGCGGGAGAUAGUUCCCCUGACCGUAGACUUGUAUAGGACUCUUAGUGCUAGACGCGUGGCAAAAGAUGCGAAAGCUUUCGAUGGCACCGUCACCGAAAACGAGCAUGGCAGUCGGGAGGCUGGUUUUAACUCGCCGAAAGAGAAAUAAGCCAAGACAAAUGCACCUGUGCUGCUGUUCUUUUCUUUUUAUGCCUGCCACUGUGAACUGUAUUGAAGAGACGUGAAUGGCGGCUGUAACGCAGACGUAGCCUUUUGAUGCACAGCAUGUGUUAAGUGUGGUGUCCCGGCUGUGUGAGCGUAUUCUGUGUACAGAAGAAAAAAAAAAUGGGUGUGCUGAGAGUUCCGCUGUGGAGGUAGUACCCUCCGUGGGCGUUUUUCUUUCGCUGUCACCGAGCUGCAGUGUAUACGGGCUUUUUGUUAAAAGGCACCGUCGGUCCUAUCGGCAGACCGCACGCUGUUGCAGUCUGCGUCAAUAACAUGACGCGUCAGAGACGUCUAGGGGAGGACUACAAAGUUGUACAUUGCUUUUUUUUUUGUCAUCGGGAGGCUCUGUGAAUUUCGCUGUCGGCUGCGAAAGUGAAGUGCGAGUUGGUGGAUGCGAAAUUUAAUAUCUCUCCUUCCCCACCCACCUGCCCUACCUUCCUUGGUAGUUUUUUGUAUUGUUCCUACCACCUGUGCAUGUUUAGACUCGCUAAUUUUUCACAGUCCUUUCGGGUGUACUAAAUUGUCCAGGAAGAGAGUUGUGUCACAGUCCAGCUUGCUUAAAUAUCUUUUUCAUUACUGAUAUUUGCCAGCCAGUGGAAUUGAGGUUAGAAGGGGUCAAAGUGAAGUACGUGGCAGCCUCCGUGCAUUGCCUUUUGUAGGCCCAGAAAGGACUCUUGGAUCCCGCCACCAUUUCUACUUACCUGCAUAAAACGGGCAGCUUGAAGAGCAGUUUCCCACUGCUUGUCAAAUUUAUCUCGCUACGACGAGGGUAUGCCAGAAAAAGGCACGUUUCGCCGUAUCUUGGCCUCUGUGCUUGCUUUUUUUUUUCCUGCAAACUAUUUAUUAAUACGUGACCCUUAUUUUUAUAACUGAUUUUACUUGUGACAGUUGGCGCUUGUUUUCUCAUUGUUCUUUCCUUCCUCUUACUAACACUGUGGAGUUUAAAAGUCAGGGCCCCCGAAUCACCCCUAUCAGUUGUACCGAAUGUCGCAUACAUAUGGCUUACAAACAGCCGUUCUGGCCAAACCACUCUCUCUUUCCAGGCUCAAAUGUUGCACAGAGGUGAAAUUCCACGGUGUAUUUGGUCAUCGUAGGUAUCUGGCAUAGCAUUCGCACCUCGUUCUAAAUUGGUCAUUAGAUCUGCGUGCCAUCUGUGGUAUUGGAGGACAGCAAGCGUUGGUCGAAACCUUGGCACAAUGUUGCAUUGUAACCCCUAGCACCAUGCAAAAUUUUUGGCAUAACUCUUAGUGCCUGAGAAGGUUAAUCUCUCAUUUUUGCUCCAUGAAGCUGUCAAGUGUGGUAUUAAUGAAUCCACCACGAAAUGCUGCCUCGGUGUGACAUUUGAGCCCAAUCGAAGUCGGCGGCCUAGCCGGCGAGUUGUUCGGGCGUUAUGUAUGCGCCGCUGGGUUACACUGUGGACCAGCGUCUCGUGUGAAUGCUGCGCCAUGACUCUUAAAGGAGGACUGCUUAAAAGAAAGACGUGACGAGAGGUCAGAAGGAGGAAUGCCUGCAAUGACUGUGGAGACCUGUGUAAUUUUUCUUUUCCAGCAUUGUAACAUGUACAGAACUGUAUGUAGUCAUUUACGAAUGUUUAUUAUUAGUAGAAAAUAAGCAAUUUACCAUUUUCUUUCUUGUUUUACGGUUUGCCUGCCUUUAACCUUUUUGUUCUUGAAGUGUACUUGUGUGCGUGUGUGUGUGGUCUUACUGGCGGAUCGCUGCCAUGUUACAACUGAGUCGAAUAUGUGCAGAUUUCUUUUCUUCCCUCUCUCCCCAAGGACGCUGCUACUCUUGGUAGUGCAUUCGAAGACCUUUCUGUUUAUUGAUUGUUGUUCAUCUUUGUUUGGCUUAGGGCCAAUUAGCAUGGCCAUCAAAUGCUCCAUCAUAUUACCAUCAUAGUUGCUGCCGUCGUGAGACUGUUCCAACACCAGUUUCUUCUGAAUAAUAGAACGUCAAUGACAUUGGUCUAUUCCCUUAACAUUGCCGACAAACUGUCUUUUGAAGAAAACGCAGCCAUUAAAGCACCGUGUAAUAUCGGACGUUUAUUCUACUAUGGGCGAUGUGACGGAGCGUUUGACAGCUCUGCGAUUCCGGGCUAACAAGCGUGAAGCGAGCAGUUUCAACGAGUCUGUUCAAGUAGGCAGGCUGUAUCAUCACUGCUGCUUCUAAUUGCCUCUCAUGUGAGUUUCCGAAUAUUGAAACGUCUCGAGGUGCGACUUGCAAGGUAAUGCAAUGGGCACUUGUUUUUAAGCCUUCGACGCCACAUUGGCUCAAUGUUUUCACCGGACGACGACAGUGCAGCGAAGAGCUUGUGGAACAGCUUCAUUACUAUGCAAUGGCAACAAGAAAAAAAAAGCUUGUUGAAAGUGUGUGGCAGUCUUGUUCACUCGCUGUUCACAGCUCUCAAUUGUCCUUGGUUCUGGUGUAAUCGAGAUGCGUAUUGACGUUUAAGUUAAAAAGACAAUGGUGCUGGCUUAAUGUAAAGAUUUUUUUUAUGUCUGGCAGGCUUUAAUUUGACACUGCAGAUGUGGGUGUUGUGAAAUGCAGUCUCGCUUUUAAUGUUUGGUACGGAAAAUUUUUCUCCGUGAUUUACAGCAUUUCUAGGACUCUGCUUUGAGUGCAGCGUCCUUGGACCAUAUAUGUUUGCCGGUAGCAAAUGGAGAGCUUCCUUCGUUUGUGUACAUCUUCUAUGUUACCGAGUUUAUGUGCAGAGGAUUUAAAUAAAGCAAAUACAAAAACUAGGUUUUCAAAGUUGCAAUGGGAACGUGGGAAAAAGCAUGGCGAUGCGAGACAAUGAAGAAGCCGGAAGAUUGCUUUUCGUGUCUUUGUUUCAUUUAGUCUUUUGCGCUGUUUUUCCGGCUUGGACGACGAGACUGGGAAGAAGUUUAUUUCGAUAAAAAUGGUGAAUAAAGAUUUGUGAGUGAUCGAGUG